CCCGUGUCUCGUGGCACGCGGCGGCGGCGGCGGCAGUGGGUGGCCAGCAUCGACCUGUCGGAGAACGUGGCGGCCAGCGCCAACGUGCUGGUGAAGAGCAGCGAGUCCUUCCCGGAGCAGGCGGAGCAGGUGACAGGAGAUGUUGGAAAACUUCUGGGUGAAGAAAAGUUGGAUGCCAUCUUGUGCGUUGCUGGAGGAUGGGCAGGUGGGAGUGCAAAAGCAAAAGCUUUAUACAAAAAUUGUGACCUGAUGUGGAAGCAGAGUGUUUGGACAUCAACUAUAUCCAGUCACUUAGCUACAAAACAUUUGAAAGAAGGAGGUUUGUUGACUCUGACAGGAGCCAAAGCUGCUUUAGCUGGAACCCCAGGGAUGAUUGGAUACGGCAUGGCAAAGGGAGCAGUGCACCAGCUCUGUCAGAGUUUAGCUGGCACAAAUAAUGGUUUGCCAUCUGGUUCUGCUGCAGUUGCUGUUCUACCGGUUACCUUGGAUACACCAGUGAACAGGAAAUCAAUGCCUGAUGCAGAUACCAGCUCCUGGACACCGUUAGAGUUCAUUGCAGAGACCUUUUAUGACUGGAUCACAGGAAAGAACAGACCCAACUCAGGCAGUUUAAUCCAAGUGAUAACCACAGGAGGGAAGACUGAACUAGUAGCAGCACAUCUUUGAGGUUGAUCAGUGGAAUUGUUUCUGAAAAUGUAGCAACAAAACUAUUGCAAACUAACGUCUUAGUCAAGUUUGGGUCGUGUAUUGUAUGCAGUGAUUACAUCUGUGGAACAAGAUAUUGAGUAACACUUCUUGUUAGAUGUGAGCCGGUGGCAUUUAUAUAUCAAACAGUAUUGAAUUAAAGGCUGCAAAUAUGCUAAUCCUGAAUUUUAAUUACCUAUAUCAAGGCUGUCCAACUUCUAGACUGGGGGGGGACCAUGUGCUGUGUGCAGCCCGGCCUUUCCUCACCACAUGCACAGCAUGAACAGUGAAGACUCGCUCUUGGUGGUGCAGGGGGCUCCUUUUGUGGUGUGGCAGCCCAAAUGUCCCCCUACUGCAUGUGCUAAAACCCUCUCAUUGUCCAGCCCCACCAGGCCCUGCCUGCAAGAGCAGACGCAGAAAGCAGAAUCUUCAGAAGGGAGGGGGAGCCUGACCACUGGCCACCUAAAGCUGCCAGAAUGGUGGCAGCAGCAGCAGCUGCCAUAUGGGAGCCAGGGACCAUAUGUGGCUUGUGGGCCACCAGGUGGACAGCCCUGAUGUACAUGUUUUAAAUUGUAGUGGUGGUUAUAUCCAAAAUUGUGCUUAAUUCUGUGCUGUAUCCACAUAUGUAAGUGGAAGUUUCUGUCUGUCUCUGUAUCUUUCUAGUAACUCU